UGCUCAAUAGAUAAUUCGCAUCUUUCUCUUCUUUUAAGCGUAGAAUGAGUACUGAACCUCUGCUUCAUGCGUUUCUUGUUUCAUUUCCAGCCCAAGGCCAUGUAAACCCUCUACUAAGACUCGGCAAGCGCCUUGCCUCCAAGGGUUUGCUUAUCACACUAUCUACCCCCAAAGUCUUCGGCAAACAGAUGGCUAAAGCCAACAACAUCACUGACGACCAGCUUAUCCCUGUGGGCGAUGGCUUUCUCCGAUUUAAAUCGUUCCAGGAUGGUUGGGACGACGACGACCCGAGACGCGCACACCUCGACCAAUACAUGCACCAACUGGAGCUCGCAGGCAAACCAGCGAUUUCAGCUAUGAUCAAGAGAUACGCCGAGCAAAACCGUCCCGUUUCUUGCUUAAUCAACAACCCUUACAUUCCUUGGGCAUCUGAUGUUGCUGAAAGUCUCGGCAUCCCUUCUGCAAUGCUUUGGGUGCAGUCUUGCGCGUGUUUCGCCGCCUAUUACAAUUACAAUCUUGGGUUAGUGCCGUUUCCUAGUGAAACUGAUCCUGACAUUGAUGUUCAGUUACCGUCCAUGCCACUUCUCAAGCACGAUGAAGUUCCUAGCUAUUUGCGCCCUUCAACUCCUUUUGCUUUCUUGAGGACGGCCAUUCUUGGUCAAUUUAAGAAACUUGAUAAGCCAUUUUGUGUAUUAAUGGACACUUUCCAGGAACUAGAACCUGAAAUAGUUGAAUACAUGUCCAAAUUUUGCCUUAUAAAGACUGUUGGUCCAUUGUUCAAAUAUCCGGAAGUACCAAACAGCACGAUCCGUUGUGACAUGAUGAAACCCGACGACUGCAUCGAGUGGCUCAACUCCAAACCGGCCUCCUCAGUGAUAUACAUCUCGUUUGGUACCGUUGUUUACUUGAAACAAGAACAAGUGGAUGAAAUAGCUAAGGCGCUGUUAGCCACUGGUAUCUCAUUCUUGUGGGUAAUGAAACCACCAGCAAAGGAGCUUGGCCUUCCAUUCCACACUUUGCCUGAAGGGUUUUUGGAGAAAGCGGGUGACAAUGGCAAGAUCUUGCUAUGCAGUCCGCAAGUGAAAGUGCUGACCCACCCUUCAGUUUCCUGCUUCGUGUCGCAUUGCGGUUGGAACUCGGCGUUGGAGGCGCUUUCAUGUGGUGUGCCCAUCAUUGCGUUCCCUCAAUGGGGCGAUCAAGUGACAAAUGCUGUUUACUUGGUCGAUGUGUUCAAAACCGGCUUGAGAAUGGGCCGCGGAAAGGGCAAAAAAAGGAUAACUCCAAAAGAGGAGGUGGCAAAAUGCUUUGUGGAAGCAACGUUAGGGCUGAAGGCAAAGGAUUUGAAGAGCAACGCUUUGAAGUGGAAACUAGCGGCGGAGGCAGCAGUCGCAGACGGCGGUUCCUCUGACAGGAACAUGCAAACUUUCAUUGAUGAGGUGAAAAACAGAUGCAGAGCAAAACAAUGAAUCACCUUGACGACAUUGAUGCUGAUGCUAUGAAUUUUGUGACUAAGUACCUAAUGCAGGAGCAUCUACCGGGCCCCUAGUUACUUUAGCCGAACUUGAAGAGUUUGGGCAUUGAAAGUCUAAUGGGCCACAACAUGAAAAAGCUUAAUUUAGAAUUAUAUUUAAAGUUUGAA